AUGGAGCAAACUGUCUCAACUCCUUUGAGUCUGACUCUGAAACACUGGACUGAUGUGAAAUCCAGAGCUGAUGAUUUGUCUAUGCCAAUUAAAAGGAAUAAAUGGGUAAUGCUUUGUUCUGAGGAGUGGCCAGAUUUCCAACUUGGAUGGCCAGCAGAUGGUUCCUUUUCUCUGCCGCUGAUCACAGCAGUAAAAAGAAAAAUUUUUAAUUCUGAACAUCUCCCAGAACAGACAUUUUAUAUUAUUGUCUGGGAAGAUUUAGUCACAGAUCCUCCUUCCUGGAUCUGUCCCUUUGUUCCCUUAACAGUAAGAAAGAAACCUGAGAUCCUGCCAUCCACUGACCCGGACUGGCUUCUUUCUGACCCCCCUCCCUACCUCCCUUCUUUUCGAUCACAGGCAGCCCGACAGUCUGCUCCACCACAGGAGGGCCCAUCAGAGAAUGAACUGGAGAGAGGGCCAGCUCAAGGGACAUGCAGUAAACGGGUGGCCCCUUCAGAUGCUGUCCCUGUCUUCCCCCUGUGGGCUUACGGCCCCCCUGAUGAAGAAGGCAAUCAGCCCUUGCAGUACUGGCCUGUUUCUUCCUCUGAUCUUUACAAUUGGAAAUCUCAGAAUCCCCCUUUCUCUGAAAACCCUCAAGGUCUCACUAACCUCGUAGAAUCUCUCCUGUUUACUCAUCAGCCCACCUGGGACGAUUGCCAGCAGCUUUUACAGGUCCUGUUCACCACGGAGGAGAGGCAACGAAUCCUCCUUGAAGCUCGAAAGAAUGUGCCAGGGGCUGAUGGGCGACCUACUCUCCUUCCUGACGUUAUAGAUGCAGGGUUCCCAUUGAUCAGACCAAACUGGGACUUCAACUCGACUGAAGGUAGGGAGCACCUAAAAGUCUAUCGCCACGCUCUAAUGGCAGGUCUCAGAGGGGCAGCAAAAUGCCCCAGCAAUCUGACUAAGGUGAGAGAGAUAACCCAGGGGCCCGAGGAGUCUCCAUCAGCAUUUCUAGAAAGACGCAUGGAGGCAUUCCAUCGCUUUACCCCAUAUGACCCUGGUAGUGGAGAGCAUAAGGCUACAGUGACAGUUACCUUUAUUGAUCAGUCUAGCAGGGACAUCAGAAAGAAGCUGCAAAAGCUCGAAGGGUUGCAAGAUAAGUCAUUAAGAGAAUUAGUGCACGUGGCUGAAAAGGUUUAUCAUAACAGAGAGUCAGAGGAAGCUAAAGAAAUUAAGAGAGAAAAGCGUCAAGAGAAAAACUUACACAGACUUCUGGCCGCUGUAGUUAGGGAAACCAGAGAGCCUAAUAAGAUGAUGCCAAGCAAUAAGAAGGGACCCCUGGCAAAGGAUCAAUGUGCUUACUGUAGGAAGAGAGGACAUUGGGUAUGGAAUUGCCCUAAGAAGAAGAAAGAGCCUCAAGCCCCCAAAACCCUAACUUUGCAGGAAGACAGUGUAACUCUUAAAGUGGAGGGGAAGCCUAUUCAGUUCAUGGUAGACACUGGAGCCAAAAAUUCAGUACUGCUACAAGCAAAUGGACCUCUUCUCGAGAAGAAGUCAUGCGUACAAGGGGCUACAGGGUACAAACAGUACUCAUGGACUACCCGAAGAACAGUGGACCUAGGCAUGGGCCACGUAACCCACUCAUUCAUAGUCAUUCCUGAGUGCCCCUACCCAUUGCUGGGAAGAGAUCCCCUCACCAAAAUAGGUGCUCAAAUUCAUUUUGACCCCGAGGGACCUCGAGUGCUAAAUCGGCAAGGGAAGCCUCUCCAGGUACUAACCCUUAGGUUAGAAGAUGAAUACCAAUUGUUUGAAAAGCACAAGCAAGAAACUGGGCAGAUGGACUGGUGGUUAGAAAACUACCCCCAGGCAUGGGAAGAAACAGCCGGAAUAGGGAAAGCUAAGAACCGGCCCCCCAUCCAUGUAGAACUAAAGGCUCAAGCUAGCCCUAUAGCUGUCCGACAAUACCCGAUGUCCCAAGAAGCACAUGAAGGCAUUCAGCCCCACAUUGCCCACUUGCUUCAGCUGGGAAUCCUACAGAAGUGCCAAUCAGUGUGGAACACGCCCUGGCUGCCAGUUCAGAAACCUGGGACUAAUGACUAUCAACCAGUCCAAGAUCUCUGAGAGGUAAACAAAUGCGUGGCUGAUCUCCAUGCCUCCAUCCCUAAUCUCUAUAAUCUUUUAAGUUCUUUACCUCCAGAGAGGACCUGGUAUUCAGUACUGGAUCUCAAAGAUGCAUUCUUCUCUUUGCCACUGACCGUGAAAAGUCAAGAUUACUUUGCUUUCGAGUGGAAAGAUCCUGAGAAUGGCCUAGCGGGGCAACUCACCUGGACCCGCCUGCCUCAAAGAUUCAAAAACUCGCCCACCAUCUUUGAUGAGGCCCUCCACCAGGACUUGGCCAUGUUCCGGGCCUCUAACCCCCAGGUAACUCUGUUGCAGUAUGUAGAUGACCUCCUCCUGGCAGCGGCUGACGAAGAACAGUGUCUAGAAGGAACGAAGCAUCUCCUCACAGAGCUGGGAGAACAAGGCUAUUGAGCCUCUGCCAAAAAGGCCCAGAUCUGCAAGCGACAGGUCAGUUACCUGGGGUACCUACUUAAAGAUGGAAAAAGAUGGUUGUCUGAGGCCAGGAAAGAGACAGUGUUUCACAUCCCGCCGCCCUCUAACCCAAGGCAAGUCAGAGAAUUUUUAGGUACUGCUGGGUUUUGCCGCCUGUGGAUACCUGGCUUUGCUGAGAUGGCAGCUCCAUUCUAUCCCCUCACUAAAGACAGUCGGCCCUUUAAGUGGGGAGAAAAAGAGCAACAGGCUUUUGAUAACAUUAAGAUGGCCUUAAUGUCUGCGCUGGCUCUGGGUCUCCCUGAUGGAACUAAGCCUUUCCAUCUAUACGUGGCAGAAAAUAAGGGAAUUGCAAAAGGGGUCCUGACUCAAAGACUGGGGCCCUGGAAAAGACCGGUAGUGUACCUGUCUAAGAAAUUCGACCCAGUAACCGCAGGGUGGCCAGCCUGCCUAAGGAUUGUAGCGGCAGUUGCUGUCCUAGUAAAAGAUGCUGACAAAUUGACUAUGGGGCAGAAUUUAGUAAUCUCAGCACCUCAUGCUUUAGAGAGUGUUGUCCGCCAGCCCCCCGACCGCCGGCUCACAAAUGCUCAUAUGACUCACUAUCAGACUCCGUUACUGAAUUCAGACCGGGUUACUUUUGCUCCGCCGGUGAGCUUGAAUCCAGCCACACUGCUGCUGGACCCAGACCUCGACCCGCCUAUCCAUGAUUGUCAACAAGUGCUUGCUGAAGUGCAUGGAUGGCAGAAAGACUUGUCGGAUCAGCCCCUGACAGACGCCGAAGCCACCUGGUUUACAGAUGGCAGCAGCUUCCUGGAAGAAGGAAUAAGAAAGGCAUGGGCCGCUAUAGUUGAUGAUAGCCAACACCUGAUAUGGGCUCAGGCCCUACCUGCAGGAACAUCCACCCAAAUGGCAGAACUCAUCGCCCUCACAAAAGCCCUUGAGCUGGGAGAAGGCAAAAAGAUCAACAUCUGCACGGACAGCAGGUGUGCCUUUGCCAGCCAUGUGCACGGCGCUAUCUAUCAACAGCGGGGUCUGCUAACCUUGGGAGAAAAAGAAAUCAAAAACAAGAAAGAGAUCAUAGCCCUGCUGGAAGCCCUUCACCGACCGCUAAAAGUGAGUAUUAUACACUGCCCAGGUCACCAGAAGGGGGAUUCCCCCAUUGCCAAGGGAAACAACUUGGCUGAUUCUGAAGCAAGGACAGCAGCCAAUAGGUCCACGCCCAUUCUGUUAGUUGACAUCCCUAAGCUAGAAAAGCCCAAAUUUAAAUACUCUGCUGAGGAUGUAGCGGUGGUCUCAAGGGACUCUAAUAACCACUUUGAACAGGAAAAGGGGCGCUGGUAUGCAGCAUCAGGCAAGCCUAUCUUGCCACAAGAACAAGCACGCAUCAUGGUCAAACAGAUGCAUCAAUGGACUCAUCUGGGAGUAAACAAAUUGGUCCAGACUGCCCUAAAAUCAAAAUAUCAUAUCAUAGGGCUAAAACAGUUAGCAGAACAGAUAGUUAAAAGCUGUGUGCCCUGUCAAAAAGUAGAUGUCUGUAAGAAUACAGCGGGCCCUGGUAGAAGACUCAGAGGAGACAGACCAGGGAUGUAUUGGGAAGUAGACUUUACAGAAAUUAAACCAGACAGAUAUGGUUACAAGUAUCUCCUAGUUUUUAUAGACACCUUCUUCGGAUGGGUAGAAGCAUUCCCAACCAAACAAGAAACAGCCACCGUCAUGGUCAAGAAAAUCCUAGAAGAAAUCUUUCCACGUUUCGGGGUGCUCAGGGUAAUCAGGUCUGAUAAUGGACCUGCCUUCGUUGCCAAGGUAAGCCAGGGAGUGGCCAGACAAUUAGGGGUCGAUUGGAAAUUACAUUGCAUUUACAGACCCCAGAGUUCAGGACAGGUAGAAAGGAGGAACAGAACUCUAAAAGAGACUCUGACCAAAUUAACCAUAGAGACUGGCAUAGACUGGGUUUUGCUCCUUCCCUUAGCCCUGUUCAGAGUUAGGAACACCCCCUCCUGGUUCAACCUGACCCCCUUUAAGAUUCCCUAUGGUGCUCCUGCCCCCUUGACUUUGCUGGGGGAUGCUUUUGAACCCACUUGCCACAGUAACCGUGACUUAUAUGCCAGGUUGAAAGGACUCCAAGCCAUACAGAAAGAAGUUUGGACACAGCUGGCAGCUGCUUAUGAGCCUGGGACCCCUAAAGUUUCUCAUCAGUUCCAGGUUGGGGACACAGUCUACGUCAGACGGCAUUGUUCCCGGACCCUGGAGCCUCGCUGGAAAGGACCUUACUUAGUGCUCCACACCCCGACAGCUGUGAAGGUAGACGGGAUCUCCGCUUGGGUCCACGCCUCGCACGUGAAACCUGCGCCACCAGAGGACCAAGGACAGAGGAGCACCACCUGGAGAGUCCAGAGUGCCAAAGAGCACCCCUUAAGACUGAAAAUUGUUCAGACACCUUAA